AUGAUCGAUGAGAUAGAGAGCAAGACGAAAGUUGUCCCAGUAUUAGGAUUAGUAUGGGAUUUAGAAAAAGAUAGUUUGAGUUGCAAGAUCGAAGAAACAUUUAACUUGAGGGAACCUAUUACCAAAAGAAAAGUUUUGUCAAUUACCCAGAAAAUUUUUGAUCCCAUUGGCUUUACUGCACCGAUAACUGUAAUUCCUAAGCUAAUUUUGCAAGAAACAUGGAACCAGAAGAUUAAGUGGGAUGAAGAUCUUCCUCUUCCCCUAAGUGAGCAGUUUGGGACUUGGUUGAACCAAUUGCCUCUGCUAUCUCAGAUUGAAAUUCCUCGUUGGUUAAAUAUUGAUUACGAAAACGAAGAUACCGUAGUGCUCCACGUUUUUUCGGAUGCUAGUAAAAGAGCCUAUGCCACAUGUGCAUUUUUAAGAGCUGAAGGUGUAAAGGUUCAGUUAGUGCCAGGCUUGCCAAAACAAUUUCUAUCAGAUUUGAAACUUAAGAAUUGUAGAACAGUGUUCUGGAGUGAUUCUUCUACAGCUUUGGGGUGGAUAAGAAGAGAUCAAGCAUGGGGUACGUUUGUUCAUAAUCGAGUACAAGAAAUAAGAUCGCUUACCAGAAUAUCUGACUGGAGGCAUGUACCUGGAAGUUUCAAACCAGCGGAUUUCCCAUCGAGAGGAUGUACUAUUGAGCUAUUACAGAAAUCGGCAUGGUGGGAGGGUCCAUCGUGGCUUUACCUACCAGAAGACGAGUUUUAUCAUAAUUUAAAGAACGAAGAUAAAAACCUAACUCCUGAUGUCUCAGUUGAUGAAUUGGAGAAUGCUGAAAAGGCACUUUGUAGAUUGGUACAGAAAGAAUCAUUUACAGGCAUAAACGAUCCCGCUAUUCGUGCGCUGAGACCAAUCGUAGACCAAAAUGGAAUUUUAAGAGCCAAAACGAACGUCCUACAGCGUCAAGAUAAUGAAAAUUUCCGAUAUCCUAUCAUUUUACCUUCAAAACACCUUCUUGUUGAGAGACUAAUUUACGAGAAACAUCUAGAACUCCAGCAUGCUGGUGUCAGCACUUUAAUGACAAAUCUUAGAGAAAACUUUUGGAUAUUAAAAUCCAGGAAAAGUAUUCGAAAUAUUAUCAGAAAAUGUGUAAGAUGUAAAAGAUUUGUUACACAAAGAGUGGAAGUCGAGCCAGGAUUUCCACCCGAAGACCGAGUCAGAGAAGGGGCGACUUUUGAAGUCGUCGGUGUAGAUCUAGCGGGUCCUCUCUAUCUCCGUGAGGGGUCUAAAGCGUGGAUAGUCUUGUAUACGUGUGCCAUUUAUAGAGCCAUUCACCUCGAACUAGUUACUUCUCUAUCUACAGAAACUUUCAUCCAAUCUUUACGUAGAUUCAUUGCCAGAAGAGGUAGAGCUUAUGUGACAUAUAUUCUAACUAUUGUUGUACUAUAG